UCUCAGUUGCCGACACGGUAGUGCAUCCAGGUAGUUGUUUCACAGUUUCUUGCGGGUGCAGUUUUCUCUGUUGCCUGAAUGUAUUUUGUGGCGGUGCCUUGGUGCGAUGUGUGUCAAGCUCAGCUGGAGGCGAAGGGUGUAAGUGGGCGUGCAAGUAGGUCUGUUCGUCUCACCAUCAAGUGCCCUUCUCGAUUGCCUGUUCCACCACGGGUCAGGUACAGCUGUUAGAAGAGGACUCUUCGGCUGCAGUUUUUUCCUGUGCCUCUGGUUCUUGGCUCUUGCCCCCUGUGUUUUCUUGUGCGUCUCUGCUGGUGUGAUGUGUCCAAGGAAAGCUGGAAGAGAGACAAUGGAUCUGUUCCUCUCACCAUGUGCAUGCCACUGUCAAGUGCCCCUGUCAAGUGCCCCUGUCAAGUGGUAUUACCAUCCGUUCAGGUACAGCUGUCAAGCACGCUUUGCUGCUGCAGUUUUUGCUCUUGCCUCUGUUUCUUGGCUCUUUCUUCCCGUGUUGCUUGUGCGCCUCUGCUGGUGUAAUGUGACGAAGAAAAUCUGGAAGACAGUGAGCCAAGUGAAGUUGCAAGUUUAUCUGUUUCCUCACCAUCUCCCUUUUCGGUGGCCAUCAGGUAUCUCUGCAGAGCAGCCAGCUAGUCGUUUCUUGGCCCAUGCCUUUUGUGGGUCUUGGGUCUGGCCGUUCUGUGUUCUCUCUGUGUUUCUAUUGCCGUGUUGGUGUGAUGUGAGAAGCGCUGGGAGAUGGAGAGUGAAGGGGGAGGUACUCAUUCUUUUUGGUCUUUGUGUUGUGUUUCUUGGUCCAGGCUUCUCUGUGUUCUCUGUGUGUCUCAAGCUGUGCUGUGUUGGUGUGAUGUGUGAAGAGCAGCUGGAAGACAGACCGAAGGGGAGGUGCACAUUAUUCUUUGGUUUUUGUGUCUCUUUCUUAGGUCUUGCUUUUCAGUGUUCUGCUGUGCGUUUCUCUGCCUGUUCUGUUCCUGUGUUGGUGUGAUGUCAUUCUGCCUUCUGUGCUUCCAUCCCUCUCGUCCUGUUUCCAGCUUUUCUCCCUUCUCUCUUCCCCUCCCCUCUGAUUCGUUGCUUUCCCUUCUCCCUUGCACCCAUUACAUACAGCAUUGCACCUUAUUGAUGCUUACAAGCAGUAUACAUAUUCAUACACCCCAGUACAUGCAUGCAUUUAUACACCUGAAUACAUGCAUACGUUUAUCCACCUCAUACAUGCAUAUAUUCAUACACCUCAUGCAUGUGUGCAUCCAUACCCAUGCACAGCUCCAUACACCGUAUGCAUGUGUGCAUUCACACCGCAUGUCCCACAUUGCAUCCACUGGACGAUGAUGAGGCAACUGCCCUUGGAUUGUGGUUCAUGUGCCCAAUCACCCACUUCAUCAGUGGGUGUUUGCCUUAAACUCCCUCUUUGAGGGAUGUAUGGCAAUCCACACGUUGACAGCUUCUUUGGAAGGGGGUUUACCUCCUAUCCUGGCAGGCUGAUGUGGCAUCCAAGGCAGCAACCUGAGUCCAUUACAACUUGUUACCUUUGCUGCCGGUGCCCUCUCUGUGAGGGAAGGCAGGGCAGCCACAAUGUAUAGCUGCUUUGGAAGGAGGUGUGCCUCCUAUCCGAGCAUGCUGAUGUGGCAUCCAAGGCAGGGACUUGAGUCCAUUACAACUCGUGACGUGCGCAUGUCCGUUAUUGCAUCCACUGGACAAUGAUGAGGCAACUGCUCUUGGAUUGUGGCACAUGUGCCCAAUAGCCUGCUUCAUUAGAGGCUUGCGAUAAACACCCUCUUCUGGGUGAGGCAUGGCAGGCCACACUGUUGACAACCCGCUUUGGAAGGGGGUGUGCCUCCUAUCCUAGCAUGCUGAUGUGGCAUCCAAGGCAGGGAGCUGAGUUCAUUACAACUCGUUACUGUAGUUGACAAUGCCCUCUGUAUGGGGAUGUAUGGCAAUCCACACUGUUGAGACCUGCUGAGGAGGGAGGUUUUGUCUCCUAACCUGGCAAGCUGAUGUGGCAUUAGAGAGAGGCAGUUGUGUCCAUUACAAGUUGUUACAAUUGUUGCGAGCGUCUGUGAUGUGACGCAUGGCAGCUGUCACUGUUGACAGCUGCUUUGAAAGGGGGCUUGCCUCCUGCCAUGUCACCCUGAUGUGGCAACUAAGGCAGGAACCUGUGGCAGUUACAAACUGGUUUUAGCUCUUCGAAGGAUUUACUGCUGCAGUUUUUGCACUUGCAUCUGUUGCUUGGUUGAUACUCCCUGUGUUUUUCACGUGUUUCUAGUGGAGUCAUUUGAAAAGAAAGGUGGAAGAAAGUGGCCACAAUGGGGGAAGGUGUGAGUAUGUUUCUCUCUCAUCUUUUACCCUUCUCAGUUGCACGUACCACCACAUCCAGGUAAUUGGUGAAGCAUAUGCGUGUGUUAUGUCCUCUGUACAGCUUAUGCUGCUGUGGUUGUGUGAUGGUUUGCAUGUGAAGGAAAGGUGGGUGAUUGUGACCAGGGUGGAGGUGCAAGUAUGUCUGUUCCUCUCACCUUUCAUCCUUCCCAGUUGCUCAGGUGCGCAGCAGUAUUGCGUCGAGCUUUGGCGCUUACUUCUAUGUUCGUGGUUGUCACUUGAUGUUUCUUGCGGGUCAUGUGCUCCCGUGGUCUUGUGGUCUUGUGGUCUUGUGGUCCUGUGGUCCUGUGGUUCUGUGGGCCUGUGGGCCUGUGGUCCUGUGGGCCUGUGGUCCUGUGGUCCUGUGGUCCUGUGGGCCUGUGGUCCUGUGGUCCUGUGAUCAUGUGGUCCUGUGGG